AUGGUGGCCGCUCGGACGUCGUGGGGUACCCUACAGCGGCUGUUGCUGAUCAUCCUUGUGCUCGAAUUCGCGGCGGCCGUCGUGCUGCUCAACCAUGGCGAGCUGUUCGGCGGCAAUCAACCGUCAGCCCUGGGCGCGUUCAUCUCGUUGGGCGUCUCCUGGAUUCUGGUGUUCCUCGUCUACCUCGUCAUGCACUGCGAGGGCCAACGGGCCAAGAUACAAUCACUUGUCUUUGUGAUCCUGCUCGUUUUCGGGGGCCUAGCCUCGCUGUCGGCGCUGAUCUGCAACAUUGUGCUCGUGAUCAACGACAGCAGCGCCGGCAAGAACUACAAGGUGUCCGUCAUUGGCCUGGAAUUCAACGGGAUGGCGUUGCUGAUCAACGUCGUCAACAUUCUACAGUAUAUGAUGUGCUACCCGGCUGGCGAUCAUCAGGUGUACUCGCAAAGGCGCAAAUCAAAGAAGGGAAAACGAUCGAAGGGCGGAAGUGACCUUGAAUCUCAGGUGCUCGAGAGUGUCGAAGAAGCCGGAGGCAAAAGCGCCAAACGAUCCGUCCGCGGCACCCCGAAAACACCGAAAACGCCGGGUGAUGGCUCGGUUCGCUCCGGGAAAACGCCGAAAACGCCGAAAAGCCCGAUGACGAAAAGCGGCUCCCGCAAAGGCUCCAAAAUCAGCUCGGUGCGCUCUAACAAGUCGAACAAGUCCAACAAGUCAAAGAACUCGAAAAAGUCGAAGAAAUCGAAGAAG